AUGGAUGACUCAUAUAGUAUUGGGGUUAAAGCCAGAAAUGAAGGCACAGACGCGAACCUUGGCUGCGAGGUUCAAUGAUAUACACCCAUCCCUUCUCCUCUUCCUGCACAGACUUAGGGAAAUAACUAUAGAAAACAAGGUUGAGAACAGUGUACAGACGAUGAGGAGACGAGAUAUAGGUGACAGUGUUGUAGAAAUACAACAUUCACAUGGCAGUGAACGAUGGCUGGUUGUUAAAAAAAUGUUAGAUGCCAGAAAGAUUUCUCUACAGGCCAAGUCAGGAGCUGAUGUGGAAUCCACAGAAAUAGCCCUAGCAUUUCCUCUAAAACAAAACAGUGAGCAAAAUCUGCAGACUAUGCCACCAAAGCAACCAGUGUUUGCUUUCUUGCCACUAAGAAGUUACGGGUUCAGAUUUAUCAUACAAGGAGAUUUUGAUGUACCAUCAAGUCGUGAAGAUGUAGACAGAGACAGUCCAUGGAAUCAGUGGCUGAGAAAUGAAAUACCCAUGGCAUUUAUUGAUGCCCUUGAUGCCUUUAAGACACAUCAAGAAUUUAGCAGCAUAGAAGCAGUGUGUAAAUUUCUACAGUUUGUUCCUAUGGAAGAUGAGGUCCUUGAUUUUUUCAAACCAGUUGCCUCGGACAUUCUGAAAAAACUGCGGGCAAAACCUUGUGUGCCUACGCAGCCUAAUGAUCAAGGUGCUAUAAGUUGGAAGAUCCCCUCACAGACAGUGAUCAUCAGGGACCCGCUGGUACAUAAAGUGAUUACAGCUGAUCUACUACAGACCCACUUGAACCUGUUUUACCUGCAUAAUGAUGUAGCCUCAAUACUGAACCAGAGUUUGAGCUCUUGUCUAGGCAUUGAGACCUUGACUUUUGACCAUUUGUUUCAGCUUGGAAAAGCCCUUGUAGUGGAUAUGGGAAACACAUGUACAAAGGAAGAAGAUGUAGUCCUGAUAGCACAGUGGAUGGCAUGUUUGUAUCGUAGCUUGGAUGAGUUUCAUCAUGAAGAUACCAUAUUAAACACGCUGAAGUCAUGUCGUAUAAUGCCCUUGGCCAGUGGAGAACUUGUAGCUUUAAAAGAUAAAACUGUUUUCUAUCCUGAAGAAAACAGCACGAAAAAGAAAAAGCCUUCUGAGACGUUAUCCCUGAUUCAUCAAGAUGUUAACAGUCUGAACCCAUUGUUGAUGAACACAGAUGAUGAUGAGGUGAACAGUCAGGUUCACAAACUCUUGUUACGACUAGGAAUUAAACAGUUGUGCCCUUUUGAUGUGAUUAAUUAUCAUAUAUUACCUGUACUGAGGACGAAUGCACUGGAGACGAAAUCAGCUGAAACACUAGUUGCAUAUCUGGUAUACAUCAAAGAACAAACAGAGAAGCAGUCGUCUGUCUGCAACCUUGAAGAGAUCAAGGACGUUGCCAUGGUGAAGACCAAUCAGGGCUUCAAAAUCCCGGCAAAGGAACCAGUCCAUUUUUCACCAAAAUAUGGAAACCCAGUCAACUUACAGGAAACAUUUUUUGGAUAUGAUUGGACACUGUUAGAUGAUUGCUAUUUGCCAGAGGCGUGUUCACAACCAGUUCGUGCUGGUUGGAUGGACUUUUUUAAGAAGCUAGGAGUGGAAGAGUUCUUGUCUAUUAGACAGACAGAAAUUAAACUCAAAAGGGAAGAACUGGUUGAUUCACCAUGGAGUGAGGAGAGCACAUCAUGGCCAGUCGAAAAGUCCGAGUUUAUCAUACAUGAUUAUCAGUGUGCGGAGCUUGAGGGUCUUAUUACACGGAACCAGGCCACCAGCAGGGAAGAUUAUGCCAAGCAGAUGAGAAGUUUGUGUACGUACCUGGACAAAAACUGGGAAAAUAAUUUAUCUAAAUAUUGUUUGACCCAUGUUCAUGAUAAAGAUGGAAUUCCUAUUAAAGAAAUAGAUACUUCAUUCAGUAGUUUGCUGAAAACUGCAUCUUGGUUGCCGGCGAUCCAAACAGAUACAACUUAUGAUAUAGUGGAAAAUGUUACUCAAGAGAUAAGUACAGUUAUGAAAGAACCCAAGUGUUUAUACAUGAAAUCUGAAGCAGUUGAAAAGCUUUUGUCAAACAAAGUGCUAUAUUUGGAUAUUCAGCUCGAUUGUGAAAAGUUCUAUCAGUUCCUUGGUCUCAGGAACUCUGUUUCCAUAGAUACAAUGAAAGAAUAUAUCAUGAAAUGGAGUGAAAGAAUAACCGAGGGUACACCAGCAAACUUUUGUACAUCCCUUGAACACAUGAUAAAUGUUUAUAGUUUCCUUGGCAAAGAGAUGAAAAGAAAAGAAUUCCAAGAUUUGCUAAGGGAAAAGCCAGUAUUUUUUGUACCAAACAAAAGUUCAAAUCAGGUUUACAACAGCACGGAAGUGCUUCCAGGAAAAAUGCUGAACAGGAAUGAAAUUUGGCUCUCAGAUCCAACUGGUUUAUUUGAAAAACAUAGAAAACUACUUGAAGAGUUUCAAUCUGACAUAUGUUGCAAAAGGACCAUUGAAAACUUUUACAAAGAAAAGAGUGAACUUAUAGAGCUCUUCAAUCAAGAAGGUAAAUUAGACCAGCAGCCUAAAGUUGAAGAGUAUCUAGAGUUGUUGUGUCUCUUGUGUAGAAGUAGUUCUCCUAAAGUAGAGAAGAUAUUAUCAGAUGUGCUGUACAUCUUCUCAAUACUGGGUGGUGAGCUUGUUAAACUGCAGACAAACACAACUGAUGAGCAGACGACAAAUGUGGCUCUAGAGACACUGAAAUCUACCAUAAAGACAACUCUUCAGAAAAAGAAGGUAUUUCCCACAUGCAAACAUAUCUGGGUGAGUUUGGAUGAUGUCCCAUUGAUAAACAAUGAUGAUGAACUAGCUAAGAUGUUCUUUAACAAGCCAGGUGUUCAUUUCCUGGAUAUGGAAGUCCAGGCCAACAAUAAAUCGAGAAAAGGAAAAUUCAAGAAAAGUGCACAUAAAGUACAAGGAAGGCAUAUAGACCAGGAGAGAAUAGACGAGGUGUUAGAGGUGUGUUGUAUAGAGAAGAUUAGUGAUGUGGUUGACAGUGAACCCACUCCUGAUUUGAUAGAACCCUGUAAGGAGAUGCAGCUUUACUUCAGUCAGAUAAUACCAUAUAUACAGCAGUAUUUGAUGUCAAGAUUUUCAGACGUUUACGAGGAACUGGAUCAAAUGAAAACCAGAGACUUGUUAAAUAAUGCCAAAUUUUUCCAGGCUGGCAAGUUAGAAGUGCGUUACUGGUUGACAAAGAUGGUUAUGGAAGUAUUUGUUAUUCGGGAAGAAAAAUGUAAAAUUGCCAUGUCAGAAUUUUAUUUUCAUAAAGAUCAUCUCAGUAAUUUACGAGAAAUUCAGAAAGAGGUAGCAAGACAUUUCAGCUGUGGAGAUGCUGGCUGUUACACAGCUCUAAGAUCAUUUUUGUCAGAGUUGUCCAACAUAGUAAAUGGUGUGACUAAUGAAAGUAUGGAGUCUGUUCUGUUGAGACAUGGGGCACGCAUUGUAGAAGUUUCUGAUGAUCAGAAAUGGUCCGUUGAUCCCCCUGUCAUUGAAAUGCCAAAUGAAAGUGAGACUGAACUUGAAGAAAAUAUGGUAGAAGAUUGGGCCCACCAGUACACAGAAAAUGAAUUUAAUGUUAACUAUGAUAAUGAUCCAAGGUUUGUGUUGAGACAAUGGCCACCUAUGCCAUGGCCACCAAUGCCAGACUACAGAUACAUGGGACCUGAAGGAACUCAAAAGCCAAGAGGUAAGCAAGCGCAUGAGGCAGCAGAGUACAGGAGGACAGUGCGAGGACUGCCAACCAGCAUCAGACUUGUUGAUAAUGAAGGUCAGGAGACAGUUGCUAGACAGGCUAGGACUUUACCUGUGGCACCUAUCACAAAUAAAAGAAAGCUCUCAACUUCUGGUGAAGAAGACGUGAUAAUAAAGAAGCGGUUGGAGGGUCCAAUAAUGAACAAAGAAGAUAAUAAUAAAGAUCAGCUGUCAACCAAGAGUCACCAGGAAGGAGAUGAUAUCCAUUUCCAACCAAGUCAAAAUAUUACAGACAAUAAUGAAGAUCAGCAGUCAACCAAGAAACACCAGGAAGGAGAAGAUAUCCAUUUCCAACCAAGUAAAAAUAUUACAGGUGAACCUAUAUGGAACCAGAACGUAUCUGACUACACUGUUGAUGAACUCGGUUCUGGCAAAGAUAUCCCUGUUGCUAAGAUACUUAAUUUAGACAACAGUCAGACUGAUCUUGAUAUUGGACGAUGGGGUGAACAGUUUGUUGCUCAAUAUCUGGAUAAACAAAAAGAAUUCGGAAAUAUCCUGGAUUACAAGUGGCGAAAUAAAGAGGACGAGGCUGGAUUUCCUUUUGAUUUUGAAGUGCAGGUCCAAGAUGAACAUGGCAUCCGCAAGGACUAUAUUGAAGUGAAAAGUACUCUUUCUAAUGAUAAAGAAGUAUUUCAAGUGUCAGUGCAUCAGAUCAAAUUUGCCGAUGAGAAAGCCGAACGUUUUCAUAUAUAUCGGGUUUACAAUGCCGGUAACCCAGAUAAAGUGCGAUUAAUACGCAUCACAAACUUGAACAUGCGUCUGUCCAGUAAACAAGUGAAACUUUGUAUGAUCAUCUAACAUUUUCUUACUUUUAACAUUUUCUUACCUCACAUUGAAGCGAAUUUCAUGAAAAAUUUGAAAAUUUAGAACUAAACAGUGGAGAACAGUUCAAUUUGAACAAUAUUGAAUAUGUUGCUCAUAAAAUAAGCAAGUGAAGAAACUGAUAUGAAGGGAAAUUCUAAUUAUGAGUAAAUUUUGAAGACAAUAAAAGAAAACAGGAAAAUAAAACAAGGGGCGAUAACUUGGUUUUUAACUUUCAAAUGGUUACACAUUAUUUAAAGCUAACUUGGGGAGCAUCAGAAUUUCAUUUUAAAUCCAAAAUUAAGCGCAAAAUAUUUUUUUGUUUUGUGUCACAGAUUUUGUCAAUAUUGAAGUAUUUACUGAAUAAUUAAAACCAUUGCAUUGUUGAAUUUUGUAUCUCAUUAAAAAUGUUAAUAGACAUGGUUGUUUUUACUUUGUAUCUGUGAAUUUGUUAUUACUGUGAAAGGUAUAUAUGUAAUUCAAUUUAAACAAAAUUGAAUAUGUUGCUGAUAAAAUAAACAAGUGAAGAAACUA